AUGAUAUUGAUGAUUAUGACAGAGAAUGAUAAUAUUAAAAAUGAAAAUGUCAAUAAUAUAUUUGAAUUGAUUCAAAAAGGAGAUGAUAAAACAGUUAAAAAUUUAAUAACAAAUAAUGUGGUUUCUAUAAAUUGUUUAGAUGAAAAUGGACUAUCUCCAAUCGAUCAAGCUGCUUUCAAGGGUAAUGAAGAGUUAGUAGAAUGGUUGUUAGCUAACAAAGCCAAUCCACAUAAUAAAGCUAAUAAAGAUGGUUACACAUCUUUGAUGUUUGCGGCGCUGUCAGGGAAUUCAAAAGUUUGUGAAUUAUUACUUGAAGCAGGUGUAAAUAGUGAAGCAUUAAAUAUUCUUGGUAAAAGUGCUUCAGAAAUAGCUGCUUUUACAGGGCAACAUGAAUGUGUCAGUACAAUUAACAGUUAUAUUACAUAUGGCUGUGUUGAUAAAAUACUUCACCCAAAUGGACCUAAAUCUUCUGAAAUUUAUCCUCCAGUAUUAGUUAAAUUUAUUCAUGAAUUAGUUAAGGGAAAUGAAAUUCAUCCUGUAAGAAUUAUAUUUAAAAUUGUUAAUAAUAUUAUUAUUAAACAAUAUCCAAAAAAAAUUCUUUGGGUUAUUGAUAGAUUAUUUGAAAGGCAACUGAGAUUUAAAUCUUCUAAUGAGAUGAUGUCAUUAAAAUUAUGGAUUAUAUAUUUUCCAUUAAAUGAAGUUAUGAAAUUUGUUAAAAAAUGUGAAAAUGAGAAUAAAGAUGAUGAGGAAAAUUUUGACACGGAAAAAAUUUUAUUAUCUUUUGCUAAAAGAAUAACAGAAAUAAAAAAAGGAUCUAUAGUAAAGGAGUAUGAAGAGAUUAUUUUAAGAAAUACAAUUCAAGCAUUUCCUUAUAAACAAUCAUUACUUCAUCAUACAAUUUCACGUGCACUUGGUAGAAUUAAAAAUGGAACACGAUCUAGUGUAUAUACUACUAUUAUACAAGGUUUGUAUGGAGAACAACUACUUAUGAAUUCUAAAAUUUGUGAAACUUGUGGUUUUAUUGGAUCAAAAUUAAGAUGUCAAAGAUGCAAAACAACUUACUGUUCUCAGGACUGUCAAAAAUUUGAUUGGUCAUCUCACAAAGAUUGUUGCAAAACUUUAGCACAAUUAUAUAAACAAGAAGAAGUCCUACCAAUUGAAGAACUUGAAAAUUUAAAUUUACAAAAAAAUUAA